UACGGAAGCGCAGUUCUCUCUUUAUCGUUGAUGCUUGGAGCUGCAGCUUGUUCUGUUGCAGAGGACGACUUGCAGCUUCUCUUGGUACUUCUCCAAAUGCCACCGGGUACUAACAGCGGCCUCGGACGGAGAACGGGACCGCGACGCACGGGACUCAUCGGGAACAUGGCGGCGGUAACAACAAGCUGCUCGGUACCGUGGAGACGAUAGGUUCAUCAGGCCGCGGCUGGCGGGCUUAUAACAGAGCAGCAUCACUUAACACAGAGGCGAUGAGGACAACCUGAAGUCUGCAGCCAGUUUCUAAGCAACACCAGAAGCAACACGUGUUUUACUGUACUACACCAUGGCCUACAAGAUCCCUGGGGCAGCGAUGGACCGCGUCAGCCUGCUGUGGCGUCUGAGGCGUCGGGCUCGCCGUGGAGCUUUCUUCAUGGCUGCCUUCUGCAUCUCUAUGGCUCUGCUCUAUGCCCUCUGUGCUGAAAACAGCGUUCCCGUCACCGACGCCAUCUUCGGGGUCCGGGCGCGGACUCGGGCUCAGCCUCAUGCACACACUGUCAUCAAGGUGCUGCGAGGCGGAGCCAAGCCCAUGGUCCUCGACCCUCAGAAGCUCCCAGGUGUGGUCCCAGGUGACCCUCACCGUCCAAUCCCUGUUCUGUCCUCCCCAAACCACACCCAUGAAGCCAAGGACUUGUCAAAGUGGAAAUCAAGAAAGCAGGAGUCCUCUGGGUUUUUCACUCAUCUGCUGCCACGCCCCUUCACGCGUGCGCUAGAAACCCUGUUUGGACGUCAGCGGAAGGGAGAGCUGAGUGGCAGAGAGGAAUUAUUCGGGCCUCAUGGGGUUUUGGGAGAAGUGUGGGAUGAUGAGAUGUCCAGCAGCAUGCUGGGAAGCAGACUGAAGAAGGCGGUGACAAAUUAUCAGACAAUGAAUAAAUAUGGAGUUAAGGUUUCUGGUCCUGGCGGCGUGUCUGGUAGGCCAAAGUUGAGUGGGCCUGAGCUGCUCUGUCAACUGAAGGAGAAGGUAGAGGUCAUGACUUUGACCCCCGAUCUCCAACCCUUCUCGUCAUUGCCCUGGGCCACCCAGCUGCCACCGAAGCCCCUGACCUCUGAAAUCGGGCCUUACAAGAGCUGUGCUGUGGUGUCAUCUGCAGGGUCACUCCGCAACUCUGGACUGGGCAAAGAGAUAGACUCACAUGAAGCUGUGCUGCGUUUCAAUGCUGCACCCACCGUCGGCUACGAGAAAGAUGUUGGUUCUAAAACCACCAUCCGGCUCAUCAACUCACAGGUGAUGGCGACUGAUGAACAUCGUUUCCUCUCCAGUUCUCUGUACAGCUCAGGUGUUCUUGUGGCCUGGGACCCUGCCCCCUUCUCUGCUGACCUCAAUGAGUGGUACAACAGGACAGACUAUCCCAUAUUUACCCAGUACCAGAAAUACAGAAGGCUUCAUCCUCUGCAGCCUUUCUACAUCCUACAUCCUCGUUUUGAGUGGCAGGUCUGGCAAAGAAUACAAGACAACAUGGCUGAAUUGAUCCAGAAGAAUCCACCCUCCUCCGGAUUUCUCGGUACUGUCCUGAUGAUGUCACUGUGCGAGGUGGUGCACGUUUACGAAUUCUUGCCAUCCCGGAGAAAGACAGAGCUCUGCCAUUACUACCAGCGUUUCUACGACGCCGCCUGCACACUUGGCGCCUACCACCCACUGCUUUAUGAGAAGAACCUGGUCAAACGGAUGAACCAGGGCUCUGACCGUGACAUCUACACACAUGGACGUGUCACGCUGCCUGGGCUCAGUAAGCUUAAUUGCACCCCGACGGAAGCUGGUUAACCUGAGCGCUGAUGGAGUAAAGCAGUGAUGCAAAGCCUGCACACACACGAUGCAAAGCAGAGCCCUGCAUGAAGCGCUUAUAUAGACAAGGACAUGCGCAUGAAACAUCAUACUCACUGCCAAACAAAAACCCGCUCUGACUCGAUAUGAAUAUUACAUGCUGUAUCACACACUGGAAUACCCACAUGUCAUAGUCUAUACACACACUGGAGUCCAGUCAACUGAUAGAUGUCCCUGCUGUACAAACAUACAUAUCAUUAUGAGGACAUUCCACUGAUAAUCAUCAAUCGUAAUCUCAGCCGUUAAAGGACCAUACCACUGUUCUUCAGAGUUUUAGCAAACAACAUUGUGUACACUUAACAUUACUGCCAAACAUUUUCUAAAGCACUUGAGACUUGAUUAUUUGUUAAUAGUGAGUAACAGGAAUUCAUGAUACAUCCUGCAAUAAUUCAUGCAUGAAACCAGCAGGAGUCAGGCAUUAGUUGAACAUAUGAUUUGUACCCUUAUUAUAAAGUGUUACCAAAGUGACUUAUAUCAUUCUGGUUUGUAAAACACAAUGAAGACAGAACCUAAAAUUAAAGACAUACAGGUUCUGAAAAGGUCAGGUUAUAGGUUGUAAAGUUCUUGUAGGGACAAAGACCCACAAGAGUAGACCGUUAAGAUACAACAUCAGAUGGCACUGAGGUCACUGGAAAGCGUGUUGUUCUCUUCUGGUGAAGCUAAAAUGGCAGUUUCUCCCCCAAUUCCACUCUUUGUGUAAAUCUAGGCCAAACAUACCCUGGACUUCUGUGUACUAGACGCACACAGGUGAAACUGAGAUAAUAGCUAACACAUAUUGAAUUGGCUAAGCUAAGCUGAGAAAGCUAGUUAGCUGAUGUUACAAAUAUAAGUUGUUGUUUUUUUUUUUUAAUGCCUAAGCCUGAAAACCCAUCUUCUCAUCUGACUCUGGAGAGGAUUUCACUAAAAUGUUGGACAGCUUAACAAACCUGUGCAGUGUGUAAAGUCGUCAGAGAGAAAGAGGCAGCUGCCCUGUCACAAUGAAUUUCUCUAUGUAAUGCAUGUAAUCCUACUUACACACCUGACUGAACCUGUUUAUUAGGACAAUACCGCCUGUAUGAUCUAACAGUGUCACUACAGUAGAUACCCACAAAAUACAGUAAAUAUACCCACACAAUCAACCCUGUUAACACCCUAUUCCUAAUAAUCUUUUUAUAAUCCUUUUAAUAAUAAUAUAUUAUAGCAAUAACUCCUUGGUACAUAGUCUUUGGUGUGAUCAUCUGACUCAGCCGUGCGGAGCAGAAACAUUCCUAUGGCCUCUUAGAGGAACAUCAUCUGUUGCAGUUGCUCCGUGCUACAGUUGCCCUCAUAAAUUUGGUUUAAAGCAUGUUUUUAGUCACUACUACACUAUGUAAUGUCAACAUUGGUGGUGGAAGAAGUAAUCAGAUUCUCUAAGUAACAGUACCAGUGUAAAAAUACUCUAUUACAAGUAAGUCUUGCACUCAAAAUUUUACUUAAGUGAGAAGUAUUAGCAUCAAAAUGUAUAUGAAGUACCAAAAGUAAAAAUACUCAUUAUGCAGAAUUGCACGUCACAAUGAUUUAUAUUAUUGGAUCAUGCGGAUUAUUGAUGUAUUAAUUCAUCACUUUAAUAUUGCAUCCAGUAAACUUGGAGAUCAUUUUAAAUACCUUAUAUACUUAUAAUUUGAAGUACUUAACAUAUGGUUUGAUAGCAUGUGGAUUUCCCACCAGGGAUCAAUAUAGUCUUAUGAUUGCACUGCUCUUGUAUAAAUUAAGUGACUGAUUCAGCAUUAAAAAAAGGUUAGAAAGGUUUGGGUCCAGUUGUUGACAGUGUAAGAGAAGAAGAGCUGGAGAGGUGGAAGAAAGCGGCCAUCACUCAAACAUGGUGGAGGGUCUGUCAUGGUUUCAAAACAGCAUCCCCAAAAGAAUUCAAGCUGUGUGGCGGUCACAUGAAAUACUGACUUUGGACUGCAGAAGCCAUUUGGUUCUGACAAUUUAGUGGCUUUUUUACAUUGUGUACAUAUUUCCUGUAUUUUCUGAUUAUAUCUUAAUAAAGAGACUGAGAAAUAAAUAUAAAUUAUCCUUACAACCUUGCUAAAACAGCUAAACUGAUGGUGGCCUAAGACUUUGUAGUACUGUAGCUUAAAGCUGAC